CAUAACAUUCCCGCCCCUUUUUCCUUCUAGAGCCAAAAUAAACCCUAAACUCACUUUCUCGCUUCUUUAAUCCAUAUUCAAGAAUACCCAUUCACUGAUUUCUUCAUAAUAAUGGAGCAAUUUCUUGCUACACUUCCAUCUGGGUGUAGAUUUAAACCAACUGAUGAAGAGUUAGUCGCCAUUUAUCUAUUCAAGAAAACCAACAAUCUUAACCUAUCUGACGUCGAGAAUAUGGUUGUCCCUGUUUGCGACUUGUACGGUGAUAAAGAACCAUGGGAAUUAUGGGAUCAAUUUGCCCAAAAUCAAUUGUUUAUUAAUGGUGAUCUUUUUUUCUUCACUGAAUUAAAGAAAAAACCUAAAAGCUCUAGAAUUUUGCGUCGAGUAGGAAAGGGUACUUGGCAUGGUGAGAAUAAAGGAGAGCCUGUGAACGUUUUAGUUGAUGUUGGAAAUGCUAAACAGUUGAUGAUACAAGCAACUAAAAAAAGGUUUAGUUAUAGAAAUCAGAAUUCUGCUCACCAUUGUCGUUGGAUUCUGCAUGAGUUUAGUCUUGAUAAUGUCAGCACCAACUGGGUGCUUUGCCGUCUUAGGAAUAAUCAUGUUUCUGAUUCUGAUAACAGUGUGCUUGUUUUGGAGAGGGUUUCAUCUAAGAGGAAGAAUGCUGAGGCGGAUGAUCAAUGUCCUAACACUGAGAUUGUUCCUUCUGAGAAACGUUUGAGGACUAGUGAUAAGAGUACAGAUCUAAUUGCACGGACAGAGUUCGAUUCCAGUAAGGCAUGCAUUGUUGUUGCUGAACAGGAUAAUGGGUUUGUGGGUGGCCAUGAUUUGCCAAAGUAUGGUUCAAUUGCCAAUGCUGAUUAUGAUUUUGAGAAUGAUAGCACAUACAGUGAGUUGUCAAUGAUCUGCUACGGUUCCAUGGUUCCUGCAGUUUCUAAUGAUGAUGUUGAAAGCUUUAAUCAAGGAGAUGAUGGUUCUGCUGACAUCCAGACAUCAUCUCAACCGGCUGAUUCUCAUUUUGCUUCUCAACGGGGCAGAAUGGCAUGGAUUUCUUGGACUGCUGUGAUUCUUUGCUGCCUUUGCCGAGUAUAUGAUAAAUUCUUUAAAAAAAAUUUGGGAUCUGUUACAAGUAAAUGUUAGAACUUGGGUAUUGUGUAGGUAUAUACUUUGUGCACAGGUUCAAACUACAGGAUAAAAUGUGCAUAUUUGGUCAUUUAUAUAAGUUGGUAUUUUUUGUUUAUGGGCCUAACUUUACUAGAUUCAAUUAUUUAGUAUCUGCUUGAUUUUGGUAAUGCCCAUGUAUGCUUAAAUUUUUUUCAGUUAAUUGAUGUCUGAUA